AUGGCUCUUAAACGUUCUGAUCGAAGAGAAGCUGACAAGGAAGAUAACGAUCCUCUCCAUGACGAAGAAGAAGAAGAAGAAGAGGACGAAGACGAGGAUGACGAGGAUGCUAGACCUACCAAGAGAAAGUUCAAUCCCUUCAUUGAUGAAAUGGCUAUUGUAGACGACGAUGAAGACGAUGAUGAGGAUGACGAAGAAUACGGCCGAGAAGAUGGAUUCAUCGAAGAGGAAAACGAAGAGUUGACGACUACGAAAACCACUGCUCGCCGUCAUCUUGAUUUGGACCGUAGAAGAAGAGAGAUGGAAGGCAUGGAUGAUGAGCAAGUAGCCGCCUUUUAUGCAGAGAAAUACGGUGGCCGUAGCAAACCACAGGCAUUCAAGGACACAGAAGAAGUGCCUCAGCAAUUGCUGUUGCCCAGUGUCAAUGAUCCCAACUUGUGGAUGGUCAAGUGCAAACCCGGAAAAGAAAAGGAUGUCAUUUUUGGUUUGAUGAAGCGAUAUUUUGACAGACAGAAUGGACCUCAUCCUUUGGACACAUUCUCUGCAUUUGCAAGAGAAACUCUCAAAGGCUAUAUUUAUGUGGAAGCUCGUCGACAAGCACAUGUUCAAGAGACACUCGCCAACAUUCCCAAUGUGUACAUGUCUACAUUGAUGCUUGUGCCUAUCAAAGACAUGGUGGAUUCUAUCUCUGUGCAGAAAAAGGAAGUCGAGAUCCCCUUGGGUGGCUGGGUGCGUGUCAAGCGUGGUACCUAUGCGGGUGAUCUAGCUCAAGUCAUGGAAGUGAGCGACUCGCAAGAUUCAGCUCGUGUCAAGGUGGUGCCCCGUUUGGACCUGGAGAGCAGUAGCAAUGAUGAUGUCGCAGGAGGCAAGCGCAAGAAGGGUGUUAGGGCUCCUCCCAAGUUGUUCAACCCAGAAAGACUCGCCAACAGGUCCAUCUCCAGUCUUCAAAAGAAGGGUCCCUACUGGGUCUACAAUGGCGAUCACUACCGUGAUGGUUAUCUUGAAAAGUACAUGAAGGUGGCUACACUACAGAUUGAAGAUGUCAACCCUACUUUGGACGAAAUUGCUCGUUUUGCUGGCAACGGCGAACUGACUGAAGAUGGCGAGCGCUCCAUUGAUUUGACCUCCUUAUCCAGCAUGGCCAUCAACAAUGCACAGGCUUCGACUCUUUUCCAAAAUGGCGAUGUAGUCAGUGUGAUUGAAGGUGAUAUGAUUCACAGUUGGGGUACUGUGGAGCAUGUCAAUGAUUCAUCUAUCACCGUAUCGCUGGACAUGGAUGGCACAAAGAAGCGAGUAACCUUACCUGCCAAGCAACUGAGAAAGAAGUUCAAGGAAGGUGAUCACGUCAAGGUUAUUAACGGUCGUUUCAAGGACGAAAGCGGUAUGGUGUUGAACAUCCAGGAUAAUAUCGUUACCUUGCUGUCAGAUGCGUCUCUCAAGGAAGUGCGUGUGUUUGCCAAGGAUCUGCGUGAGGCUGCUGAAGUUAUGUUUGGUAAAACAGUGAUUGGCAACUAUGAGUUGCAUGAUUUGGUACAACUUGAUUUCUAUACGGUGGGUGUCAUUGUCAAGGUCAAUCGUGAUUCCUUCCAAGUCCUGACUCAGAACGGCGAGAUGCGUACUGUUCAGCCACAUCAGAUUACCAACAAGCGUGACAGCACCAAGGCUGUAGCAACAGAUGCCAAUGGUAACAGCAUUCGCGAUGGUGAUACUGUCAUGGAAGUAGGCGACAAGCGUAACUGCUCUGUUCUCCACUUGUACCGUCAUUUGGUCUUCUUGCACUCGAGAGAGCACUCUGAGAACUUUGGCGUGUGGGUCACAAAUACCCGUUCUAUUGUCAGUGCCUCUACACGUGGUCGCGUUUUACCCAAUCCCAAGACACAGAAUCCUCAAUUCAAUGGUGGUUUUGGUGGCAGAGAUGAUGGUAGAGGUGGCCCUGAUGCAAGAGGUGGUCGUGGUGGCCGUGGUGGUGGCCGUGGUGGAUUCUUUGGCAGAGGUCGUGGCGGUAGAGACAAUUUAGUUGCUAAAACUGUGCGUAUUUCUCAGGGUCCUCACAAGGGUUACAUUGGUAUCGUCAAGGAUGCUACUGAUACACAAGCUCGUGUUGAACUCCACACCAACUCCAAGGUGCUCAACAUUGAUAAAUCACACCUCAUGAUCUUGGACUCGCAAGGCAAUGCUUUGGCUCCAGCUGCACCCGAUCGCUUCGACUCUCCUUCCAGCAACGGUGGAUUUGCACGACCUAUGGGUACACCUAGCCGAUAUGGUGACGGUGCCAUGACACCAAUGCACAAUGCAUCCUCUGGUUCUCGCACUCCUGCUUGGAACUCGGGCUCCAAGACGCCUGCUUGGAAUUCUGGCGCAAGAACACCUAAUCCAUACGCGAAUGAUGGCGGACGUACACCAGCAUGGGAUUCUGGAUCAAAAACACCCAUGUGGGGCCACGAAACACCUGCCUGGAAUAGCAGUAGUAGUGGCAGUAAUUAUAGAGACACAAGCAGCAGCAGUAGCAAUAAUCACAGCUCCAGUUAUAACAGCAAUACACAAUCACAAUACUCUGCACCCCAAGUUGCCAAAACGCCUGGUUAUGCUGGUAACAGCAGUAGUAGUCAUCGCUAUGCAGAUGCCGAUACCGCCCCUACACCUGGUGCCUCAUGGGCAGCUCCAACACCUGCCGCUAGUUAUGAAGCCAGAGCUCCCACACCAGCUGUUAACUUUGCACAAACACCCUAUGAUGCCCCUACACCCUAUGAAGCAGCACCCACUCCUGGUGCUGGUUUGAUCCCGCCUACACCUGCUGCCAUGAUCUCAGCGCCUACACCUGGCAGCUAUUUACCGACUACACCAGGAAAUUUCAUGCCUACAACACCAGCAACAGGUCUGCCUCAAACACCAUUUAUGCCUAGUGGAGGUGAUUACGGACAUGUGGAUGAUCAAGGAGAUCAAGGAGAAGACAACUGGCCUAUUGAAGAAAUUGAGGUUAUAUUAAAGAGAAACCAAGGCGAUGCUCAAAAGGGUCAACACUGUAAAAUUAUCAGCGUCAACCGCACUAGUCGCAAAUGUCUUGUCAGUGUAUUGGACAAUCAAAACAAGCUGGAUAUAGGAUUUGACUACAUAGAACCCGUUCGACCAAGCAAAAAGGACAAUGUCAAGAUUAUACUGGGUGAACAUCGUGGUGAACUUGGUUCACUUAUUGGUGUAGAUAGUCAUGAUGGUAUCGUUCGUUUGAAGGGUGAUGGCAGUGGUUUCAAGAUCUUGAGUAUGAAUUCUGUUGCAAAGUACACUGGUACAGAUAAUGUGGAUUAA